UUUAUACCUGAAAGCGGCACACGACGCGUACCUAAGCUUCAAUCGUAACGUAUAGGACCGAUAGUGAAUUUUAUAGUUGAACAGGUGUCCGUAUUUUUGAAGCGUCAAACGCUCUACGAAAAUUCUGUUAGAAUCAGUUGUACCUGGUCUUUUGUUCUGAUAGAGCGAAAAGAAAAGUCGUCGAAGAUGGAUUGGGCGGAAACGUUUGAUUAUUACUGGUAUCAAAAGGCCGAUCCCAGAGCUAGCCAAUUACCGCUUCUGGAAUCCCCGAUUAUCAUUCCCGCUAUCCUCUUUUUUUAUUUAUACUUCGUCCUAAAAUGUGGGCCAAAGUUUAUGAAGGACAGAACACCGUACGAUCUUAAAACCUUUAUAAUGUGGUACAACAUCUUUCAAAUCACCAGUAAUGCAAUCAUAGUGCAACAGUUUAUCAGUGCAGGUUGGUUCACGGAAAUGACAGUAUUUUGCGAACCAGCAGAUUACUCUAAUAGCCCGAAGAGCAUGAAGGUGAUUCAUACACUAUGGUUGGGGUUACUAACCAAAAUCGUCGACCUCCUCGAAACGGGAGUGUUUGUACUAAGAAAAAAGGACAGACAAGUUUCGUUGUUACACCUGUACCAUCACGUAUCGACAGCGUUAAUAUGUUGGAUUAUAACGAGAUACACCCCAGUCGCAGAAAUAUCGUUCCCUCUGCUAGUGAACUGUGCCGAACAUGUGAUCAUGUACUCGUAUUAUUUAUUGAUUUCGUUUGGAGAAAAAUGGCGAAGGAUACUUGGUCCAAUCAAACCAUUGAUAACUAUCUUACAAAUGGUGCAAUUCAUCGCCAUGAUAGUAUACUUACUACAACCAUUUAUGCCACACUGUAAUGGUCUUAAGACACCGUCGGCUGUAUUAAUACUGAAUUAUGUUAUAAAUUUUGUUCUGUUUUACAGUUUCUUUCAAAGGACGUAUACGAAGCCCGCUAAGAAAGUGGAGUGAAUCGAACUCAAGUCACUCGUCAAUCAUUGUGGUAGCGAGUUUGAAUUAAAAUCAAUAAAAUAUUCCAUCGAA